UGCAGGCCGCGCACGCAGAAAGUGCGCGCGGCCGUGCGGGACAAGUCGGGCUCGUGGAGGAGGUGUUGCCGCGGCGGGACUUUGAAGUUGUUGUUCUUGUUCCUGGAAUAAUAACCCAAACAGCUCGUGCGCGCCCCCCCCGUAUCCCAGCGGCCGCGGUUCUCUCAUGCGCGCGCCACCCGGCACCGGGAAACGGAGUGUUUUUUUACACGGAGUUUGGCGCAGUUGGUAAAAGCUAAAUAUAUAUUUAUAUAUAUAUUUAUAUUUAUUUAUUUUGGUUCCCGCUGCGAGCGGUCAGCCUGCGCAGUGCACACCGGGGCAGGGGCACUCUCCGGCGGGACGUACAGCACGGAGGAGUCGGUAACGCACCGGAGCUUUUCCUGUUUUUUUUCUGGAUCCAGCUUCGCUUUCGGUGAUAUAACUUUGGCCCCCCCCGGCCCCCCUCGGCCCCCCCACCAUGCCAGUCAGGAAGAAAGAUGCACAGCGAGCGCUGCUGCUGCUGGAGGAGUACCGGACCAAGCUGCACCACGCCGAGGACCGGACGCUCCGCCACUCCAUCCAGAGGGUCAUCGACAUCUUCCAGAGCAGCCUGUUCCAGGCUCUCAUAGACAUCCAGGAGUUUUACGAAGUGACCUUAUAUGACAGUCAGAGAUGGGCGGAGUCUUCCAAGGCGGCAGACCCCAUGGCGCCCGUCCACCUGUGGGACUUCUCCAGCCUCCAGAGCACGCCGGUGACCUCGGACACGCUGCCCAGCCUUAGCACCAGCAUCGAGAAGUACAGGCACCAGGAUGAGGACUCGUCCCCCCAGGACCAGAGCUCCCCCCAGCUGACGGAGGAGGCGGGGGGGCCGGAGCUGGUCCAGGUAGAAGAGAAGAGCCUUUCCCAGAUCGAGAACGUGCACGGAUACGUCACCCACGCCCACAUCUCCCCCAUGAAGGUAGCGUCUCUGGAGUGCAUCUUAGAUGGUUCCUUAGGCCAGCAGCACCUCCUGGAGCUCCUCUCCCCCACCUCCUCCACCCUCUCUUCCCACGGCGAGGACCACUCCCUCCCCUCCUGCUCCUCCAACCCCCACCCCCCCAUCCAGCAGGCAGAAGCCACCCCGCCCUCCUCUCCCAUAACCCCUGUGACCCCAGCCGAGACCUCCAUCACUCCUCCAACGUCACAGGCCAACCCUCCCCCCGUGGUGGUGAACACAGACAGUCUGGACACGCCUCCUUAUGUGAACGGGGCGGAGGCUGACUAUGAGUAUGAGGAGAUUACGCUGGAGAGGGGGAACUCGGGGCUGGGCUUCAGCAUCGCCGGCGGCACAGACAACCCGCACAUCGGGGAAGACCCCAGCAUCUUCAUCACCAAAGUCAUACCUGGAGGAGCCGCCGCCCAGGAUGGACGGCUCAGGGUCAACGAUGUCAUCCUGAGAGUCAACGAGGCCGACGUCCGGGACGUGACCCACAGCCGAGCAGUGGAGGCCCUGAAGGACGCCGGCUCUCUGGUCCGGCUCUACGUCCGGCGGAGGAAACCCGUCUCUGAGAAAGUGAUGGAGCUCAAACUGGUGAAAGGACCCAAAGGUCUUGGCUUCAGUAUAGCAGGCGGAGUUGGGAACCAGCACAUCCCUGGCGACAACAGCAUCUACGUCACCAAGGUCAUCGAAGGAGGAGCUGCACAUAAAGACGGGACGCUGCAGAUCGGAGACAAACUGCUGGCUGUGAACAGUGCCGGCCUGGAGGAGGUGAGUCACGAGCACGCCGUCACCGCCUUGAAGAACACUCCUGACGUGGUCUACCUGAAGGUGGCCAAGCCCAACAGCCUCUUCAUGAGCGACAGCCUCAACCCACCUGACCUCACCAACUCGUACUCCCAGCAGCACAUGCAGAACCAUAUCAGCCCCCCCAACUUCCCGGGUCAGCCCCUCCCCCCGCCGUCAUCCUCGGGACGCUUCUCCCCGACCCCCAAGAGCAUGCUGGGAGAAGACGACGUCACCCGCAGGGAGCCCAGGAAGGUGGUGCUGCACAGAGGAGCAACAGGACUGGGCUUCAACAUCGUGGGCGGAGAGGACGGAGAGGGAAUCUUCAUCUCCUUCAUCCUCGCUGGAGGUCCAGCUGACCUCUGUGGAGAGCUGAGGAAAGGAGACAGGCUGGUCUCCGUGAACGGGGUGGACCUCCGGAACGCCACCCACGAGCAGGCGGCCGCCGCCCUGAAGAACGCCGGGCAGACGGUGACCAUCAUCGCCCACUACAGGCCGGAGGAGUACAGUCGGUUCGAGGCGAAGAUCCACGACCUGAGAGAGCAGAUGAUGAACAGCAGCAUCAGCUCUGGAUCCGGGUCUCUGCGGACGAGUCAGAAGAGGUCGCUGUACGUCAGAGCUCUGUUCGACUACGACCGGACCCGAGACUCCGGGCUGCCCAGCCAGGGGCUCGACUUCAAGUUCGGAGACAUCCUCCAUGUGGUGAACGCCUCCGACGACGAGUGGUGGCAGGCCAGACAGCUGACGACGCAGGGGGAGGUGGAGGAGGUGGGGGUGAUCCCCAGCAAGAGACGGGUUGAGAAGAAGGAGAGAGCGAGAUUAAAGACGGUGAAGUUCAACGCAAAGUCUCGAGACAGAGGGCAGUCUCUCAAUGACAAGCGUAAAAAGAACCUCUUUUCCCGAAAGUUUCCGUUCUACAAGAGCAAAGAGGCGAGCGAGCAGGAGACCAGCGAUGUCGACCAACACGUGACCUCUAACGCCAGCGAUAGUGAGAGUAGCUACCGUGGGCAGGAGGACCUGGUUCUGUCCUACCAUCACGUCUCUCAGCAGGAAGUGAGCUACACCCGGCCCGUCAUCGUGCUCGGCCCCAUGAAGGACCGCGUCAACGACGACCUCAUCUCAGAGUUCCCCGACAAGUUCGGGUCCUGCGUCCCCCAUACGACCCGCCCCAAGAGGGAGUACGAGGUGGACGGCAGAGACUACCACUUCAUGGUGUCCAGGGAGCAGAUGGAGAAGGACAUCCAGGACCACCGCUUCAUCGAGGCCGGCCAGUACAACGCUCACCUGUACGGCACCAGCGUGCAGUCGGUCCGGGAGGUGGCCGAGAAGGGUAAACAUUGUAUCCUGGACGUGUCGGGGAACGCCAUCAAGAGACUCCAGCUGGCUCAGCUUCACCCCAUCGCGGUCUUCAUCAAACCCAGAUCUGUGGAGAACAUCAUGGAGAUGAACAAGCGCCUGACGGAGGAGCAGGGCAGGAAGACGUUGGACCGAGCCACCAAGCUGGAGCAGGAGUUCACCGAGCAUUUCACAGCCGUGGUUCAGGGCGACACUCUGGAGGAGAUCUACGACCAGGUGAAGCAGAUCAUCGAGGAGCAGUCGGGUCCGUUCAUCUGGGUUCAGUCCAAGGAGAAGUUAUGAGGAUCAAAACUCUGCUCCACCGCGCCUCCUCUCUGUGGUGCCAGCUGCUUUUAUUUUGUAGUUUUUUUGGUUCUGAAUCAGACUCCAUCGUUGGGUUUCCUGACCAUCAGAGUCACUCACACAGGAACCAUGAUGACAUCACACGCAACACGGUACAACUGCUUAAUGUUUAAGGGAGGAGGAGGAGGAGCAGGAGCAGGAGGAGGAGGAGGAGGAGGAUCAGGAGCAGGAGGAGGAGGAGCAGCAGCAGCAGCAGGAGGAGACGUGUCCUUCAAAGCUGCCAGAAGGUUUCGUCUCCAGAAGGAAACAAAAGCUCCUCUUAAGUCGGUUAAUGAGGCCGUUUAUUUCCCAUCAGCAGCGUCUUCUGCUCCUUCUCUUCAUUCAUUCUCCUUCUCCAUCUUCUCCUCCUUGUAGUUUCUGCAGGCUGCCGCUAGGGAGCGCUGUGGAGGGUUUUAAAGUGAUUUUAUUCUGCCGAACAUCAGACGUUUAGUUGACCCCAUUUGAUGAGGUCAAAGGUCACAGCGUUCAUUUCCUCAACUCGUUUCUGUCUGCAGCCUCGUGAGAUGAUUUCAUAUUUCAGCUUUUUAUUGGACUUGAAAGUGAAGAAAAUAGUGAAAUCACUUUUUUAAACCACAUGAAAUCAUUAAAAACACACAUUUCCUCCUAA